CUUUAAGGCAGACAUGAGUUUCACUUUUGGUAUUCUCACAUAUUUAUUGUUAAGUGUUAAUGCGCUAUACAACAAAGAUGUUAUAUGUAUUAUUGAAAAGGGAGUCCCCAUAUGCGAAACCAUUACACCGAAAAACGAAAAUCCCAACCUCCCGUCACACGAACCACUGCUACCAAACAUCAAAAAAGGAAAAUUUUACAACUGCACCUCGGGCAUAUGUGAACCUGUCAAUGUCUACUCUCUAACCCAAUUAUCUAACCCUUUAAAGUUUUGCUAUCAACAGAGCAAUGAAUACAAAUGUCAAAAACUCAAAUACAACAACUACAAGAACGUAGACAAAGUUUUAUUCCUAUCAAACAACAUAGCAGGUAAAAAAUUCUAUCUAAUUGAUUGCUUAGUGUAUUCUGAAGGUGCGCGCGUGUGUCAUAAGAAGGACGAGUCACACGCUAAAUUAAUUGACACAGGCAACAUUGUGCGACCAAAAGAAGCCAAUAUUCUGUCACAAGAAGAAUUUAUAUGCGAGGAAGGUGAGAGAGUAAUAUGUGACUUCAACCGCUUUGUACCCUACGGAGAUGUACUGAAACAGAAGGAUCAAAUCAAAAUCGAUAGCGUUGUUUUCAAAACGGGAACAAUGCUGGUUAAUCUUCAAUAUGAUUGUAUUGACAACUGGUGCGGAUUUGUUAGUACACCGACCCGAAGAAUGGACCGCUACGAACCGCCUGGAGGUAAAGUGUAUCGUUGCUAUUACGCAAAGAGACAACAAGUUUGCAAGGAACUUUAUAGCAAAAUGAGGCCAGUUUAUAACGAACGAGAUUGGUUGAGUUCUUAAGUACACAACAAUAUUGGUCAAGUCGUAUAUGACAUUUAUAUUAAAUAUCAGUAGUAUUCUAAUAACAGCGGAUUUAAAUUAUUAUAUAAUCAUGUAGGUACAGUUAAUAUUGACUAGCUUCAUAUAAUUCUCUACAUACACGUUACAAUACUUAAUUAAGACCUGUCAAUCAAGAAGUUUUAAAUAGAAUCGAGGUAAUCUUUAAACUAAUAUAGGACAUUUAGUUUGUGGCGUCAAAUUGUAUAGUUUUUUCGGAAGCCAGUUUAAAACUAUUAAUACAUAAACUAAAUAUAUGUUGCUUUAAUUC